GACUCCCGCGCGCGCUCGGCUGGUCCCAGUCCCCGGGAGAAGAAGCGGAGGAGGGAGCGAGCCAGCGAGGCGGCCCAGGGGAGCGGGCGCGAGUGGCGGCUGCCGGAGCCGCCUGUGCACAGGCGGCGGCGAGGCGAGGGUGGCGGUCGCCUGAGCAGCGAGAGCCGGGGCGGCGCGGAAUCCGCAUCCGCCGCGAGUGUGAUGAAGCUGCCCUGCCUCGCUGCUCCGCUUGCCGCCAGCUGACACCGCCUGCACCCAGCCCGCCCGGGAGGGGAGACGCCGCGGGGCCGUGACCUUGGCGGAGGAGGGCACACUGAUAAUUCUCGUAUCUGAGUGCGGACCAAGUUUUGAGCGACAUGGCCCAGGGGAAUAAUUACGGGCAGACCAGCAACGGGGUGGCAGAUGAAUCACCUAACAUGCUGGUGUACAGAAAGAUGGAAGACGUCAUAGCACGAAUGCAAGAUGAAAAAAACGGAAUUCCUAUUCGUACGGUCAAAAGCUUUCUUUCCAAGAUACCUAGCGUCUUCUCCGGUUCAGACAUUGUUCAGUGGUUGAUAAAGAACUUAACUAUAGAAGAUCCAGUGGAGGCGCUCCAUUUGGGAACGUUAAUGGCUGCCCAUGGCUACUUCUUUCCAAUCUCAGAUCAUGUCCUCACACUCAAGGAUGAUGGCACCUUUUACCGGUUUCAAACGCCCUAUUUUUGGCCAUCAAAUUGUUGGGAGCCGGAAAACACAGAUUAUGCCGUUUACCUCUGCAAGAGAACAAUGCAAAACAAGGCGCGACUGGAGCUCGCAGACUAUGAGGCUGAGAGCUUGGCCAGGCUGCAGAGAGCAUUUGCCCGGAAGUGGGAGUUCAUUUUCAUGCAAGCAGAAGCACAAGCAAAGUGAGUCCUUAGUGGACAAGAAGAGAGACAAGAUUGAAAGGAAGAUCCUUGACAGCCAAGAGAGAGCGUUCUGGGAUGUGCACAGGCCUGUGCCUGGCUGUGUAAAUACAACUGAAGUGGACAUUAAGAAAUCAUCCAGAAUGAGAAACCCCCACAAAACACGGAAGUCUGUCUAUGGUUUACAAAAUGAUAUUAGAAGUCACAGUCCUACCCACACACCCACACCAGAAACUAAACCUCCAACAGAAGAUGAGUUACAACAACAGAUAAAAUAUUGGCAAAUACAGUUAGAUAGACAUCGGUUAAAAAUGUCAAAAGUCGCUGACAGUUUACUAGGUUACACGGAACAGUAUUUAGAAUACGACCCGUUUCUCUUGCCACCUGAUCCUUCUAACCCAUGGCUGUCCGAUGACACCACUUUCUGGGAGCUUGAAGCAAGCAAAGAACCGAGCCAGCAGAGGGUAAAACGAUGGGGCUUCGGCAUGGACGAGGCAUUGAAAGACCCAGUUGGGAGAGAACAGUUCCUUAAAUUUCUAGAGUCAGAAUUCAGCUCGGAAAAUUUAAGAUUCUGGCUGGCAGUGGAGGACUUGAAAAAAAGGCCUAUUAAAGAAGUGCCCUCAAGAGUUCAGGAAAUAUGGCAAGAGUUUCUGGCUCCUGGAGCCCCCAGUGCCAUUAACUUGGAUUCCAAGAGUUAUGACAAAACCACACAGAACGUGAAGGAACCUGGACGAUACACAUUUGAAGAUGCUCAGGAGCACAUUUACAAACUGAUGAAAAGUGAUUCAUACCCACGUUUUAUAAGAUCCAGUGCCUAUCAGGAGCUUCUACAGGCAAAGAAAAAGUCUGGAAACUCAAUGGAUCGCAGAACAUCUUUUGAAAAAUUUGCACAGAAUGUGGGCAGAAACAUCCCUAUUUUCCCAUGCCAUAAAAACUGUACACCAACACUGAGGGCCAGCACUAACCUGUUAUGAAAAGAGGGGAAAUCUCUCACGUCCAAGAGGUUAACAAGCCUUGUUCAGUCUUACUAAAUGGAUCAUCUUGUAGCAUGAAUGCAGACUGGAGUCACUGCACAUACUUUGUAGCUCGCUGUUGUGAUCUGGAGCAGAGGACAUUAGAACAAGAUGUUGCAUGAGCAAAGGACCUAAAUUGUUAUUUGUGUGUGUACAUUCCAUCUCCAAUGGACUCUUCCAUCUCAAUGCCUCCAUUCCAGACUGUUGUCUGCUUUCUUUCUCCCUCUACUUACGCUGGAUCUGUGUCUUUUCCUUUUUAACAAGUUCAAGUGAAGUAAAACCUUUUCUUUUUUUCCUUCUCUCUCUCUCUCUCUCAAAGCUUCAGCUAGACACACAGUUCACUGAAAAUUCAGUCAGUCAAAAACUGGAAGAAAAAAGUAUAUAUCAAUAAGUAUACAUACGGCUUCACAUUUAUUAAACAGUAAAUUCGCACAGAAAGUUUCAUUUCACCAGUGUAUCCACAGUCGGAAACAAACUCAUGUCUUUGUCUGUUGUCUGUACAUUCUCCGUUAAUGUUUCUUGCAUUUAUUUUUAUACCAUAUUUAAAGAAGAAACACCUUUUACUCCAAAUGUAUUAAAGUUGUUCCCUUCUCUGUAAAUUUGUGUAUGUUUAUAUUGUUGUUUUAUCUUUCAUUAAAAGAUGCAGAAUCUCAUUGCUUUUGUAACUUUCGACUUCUAUGCUAACUAAAAAAGAAAACGCUGAGAAAUCCACAAAACCACAACCGCAGAGUUAAAUUUAGGUUGUCACCUUGAAAUUUUUUUCAGGGUUUCAAGACACGCUUGGAUAGUACAGAAGCCAGGGGCAGAUGGAAGUUUUUUUGGAGGCUCACCUGAGACUUGGUAGAUUCUUUUUCUCCCAUGGAAGAACACCACAAAUUGAUCUUCCACAUUUUCAAAGCUAUUUAAAAGGGCUUCUGCCUCAUGAUGAAUACGUAUCUGUGUAUUCUGCAAACUAAUAUUUCUGUUCAAAUUAGGAUUACGUGUGACUUAUUAAAUCAGGUACUGAUUUGUUCUUCAAAACACAAUUCUAAAAAUAUCAUAGGUCAGUGCCUCUUAACUUUUCGGAGGUUACAGAUUAUUUUGAGAGCACAGUCACCUCUUGGCAUCCCUGGGAAAUUGGUUCCUAGACCUCUUCAGACACCAAAAUCCACAGAUGCUCAAGUCACUAAUAUACAAUGGUGUGGUGUUUGCAUAUAACCUAUGGAAAUCCUCCCACAUACUAAAUCAUCUCUAGAUUAUUACAAUACCUAACACAAUGUAAUGCUGUAUAGUUGUUAUACUGUAUUUUUAAUUAAUAGAACUUUAAUUGUUGAAUUAUUAUUUUUAUUUUUGACUUUUUUCAAAUCUUUUCCAUCCACGGUUGCUUGAAUCUAAAGCUAUGGAACCUGUGGAUGUGGAAGGCUGACUGUGUGAUGUAAUUAGUAAAAUUUAGUGAUGCUUACUAA